GUUCAGGAUUGGUAAAAUUGCUAUCAGCCCCGCCUCAAAAGCCGGAAGUAAUCUCUUCCGUUGGCCCGUGUGUACUGGGGAAACGCGAGUUUACUCCGAGGGCUGCUUCGCCGGCCACGGACUGACAGACUCUUCAGCCCACCGUCCUGGCCGAGUGACCAACUCGUUGAGGGCCACUUUUGAGGACUCUGGUCCUGAAGCUGGCCGAGGGAGGUCCCCGCCACGCAAGCAGUGCCUCAUGGAGUCUACAUUCAGCAGCCCCGCAGAGGCGGCGCUGCAGCGGGAAACGGACGCUGCGGGGCUGCCCACUCCUCUCGCGGACUUGGACCGAGUGUACGAGCUGGAGCGAGUCGUCGGAUUUGUCCGCGAUCUGGGGUGUCAACGGGUGGCCUUGCAGUUCCCUGACCAGUUAUUGGGAGAUGCUGCAGUCGUGGCUGCACGACUGGAGGAGACCACGGGAUCGAAGAUGUUCAUUCUGGGGGACACGGCCUAUGGCAGCUGCUGUGUGGAUGUCCUGGGUGCUGAGCAAGCUGGAGCUCAGGCCCUCGUACAUUUUGGCCCUGCCUGCUUAAGUCCUCCAGCCCGCCCACUGCCUGUGGCCUUCGUCCUUGGUCAGCGUUCUGUAGCCUUGGAGCUCUGUGCCAGAGCCUUUGAGGCCCAGAACCCAGACCCCACAGCUCCCGUGGUGCUACUGAGUGAACCGGCCUGUGCCCAUGCCCUGGAGGCCUUGGCCACUCUCCUGCGCCCACGGUACCUGGACCUGCUUGUCUCCAGUCCAGCUCUUCCCCUGCCAGUGGGCUCUCUCAAUCCAGAGCCUGAACCCCUGGAGCGUUUUGGGCGUCGCUUUCCCCUAGCCCCAGGGAGGCGUCUAGAAGAGUAUGGUGCCUUCUAUGUGGGGGGCUCUGAGGGCAGCCCUGACCCUGACCUGAGCCGGCUGCUCUUGGGCUGGGCACCAGGCCAGCCCUUCUCCUCCUGCUGCCCAGACACAGGGCGGACCCAGGAUGAAGGUGCUCGGGCUGGGAGGCUAAGGGCAUGUAGACGCUACCUGGUUGAGAGGGCUAGAGAUGCCCGAGUAGUGGGGCUGCUGGCAGGCACAUUAGGUGUGGCCCGACACCGUGAGGCACUAGCACACUUGCGGAAACUGACUCAGGCUGCCGGCAAGCGUAGCUAUGUGUUGGCUCUGGGGCGUCCCACACCUCCCAAGCUUGCCAACUUUCCUGAGAUGGAUGUCUUUGUGCUGUUGGCCUGUCCUCUUGGUGCCCUAUCCCCCCAGCCUUCUGGUAGCUUCUUCCGACCUGUACUGACACCAUGUGAGCUAGAGGCUGCCUGCAACCCUGCCUGGCCACCUCCAGGCCUGGCUCCCCACCUCACACACUAUGAGGACUUACUGCCUGGCUCUCCCUUCCACGUGUCCCUCCCUCCACCUGAAUCGGAACUGUGGGACACCCCAGAUGUGUCACUCAUUACUGGGGAGCUCCGACCCCCACCGACCUGGAAGUCAUCAAAUGAUCCUGGAUGCUCAGCCCUGACCCAGCGGCCCCAGCUAGAGCUGACUGAGAGUAGCCCUGCAGCCUCGUUCCUUAGUUCCCGGAGCUGGCAAGGGCUGCAGCCCUGCCUAGGUCAGACACCAGUGACAGGAGCCGUGAGUGGAAGACGAGGGAUUGCCAUUGCCUACGAAGAUGAGGGAAGCAACUGAUACCAUUUGGGGCCAGAGACACAAAUGGAUUUAAGAAUCACUGCUAAGAGCUUUAGUGUUCUCUGCACCAACCUCACCCCUCUGCCAGGAUCCUUGAUGGAGCCUGGAUGGAGGGAGGGCAGACAGCCCCUCAUUGUGGAUAGGAUCCAGCUCUGUCUUGUCUUGGCACUAGCACAAGGCUUAGCACAUAUUGGCUUAGUAAAAUGCCUGUUAUAUGACUGAUGGGGACUGGUUUGGGGCUUUUCUGAAGCCUUCUAGGCCCAUCUGUCCUGGGAGCAGCUCAGGACCUCUGGCCAAUCCCAGUUCCUGAUGUGCGAUUGAGGGUCUGCCUUUGUCCAAGGCAGGUUAUAGAUGGUCUAGACCAGAGUUUCUCAGCGUUGGCACUGUUGACAUUUUGGGCCUGAUAAUUCUUUGUCGUGAGAGGCUGUUCUGUGCAUUGUAGGAUGUUUAGCAUCGUCCCUGGUUUCUGCCCACUAGAUCCCUGCAGCAUACCUUUUUCCAAUUGUAAUAACCAAAAAUGUCUCCAGACAUUGACAAGUGUCCCCUGUAGGGGGGCAAUAUUGCCCCCAGUUGAGAACCACUGGUCUACAUUUGUGCUGUCCAGUGCAGCAGCCACUAGACACAUGUGGCUAUUUAAACAUAAACUUAACUAAAAUUAAAAACUCGGUUUCCCAGUCACAGUAGUCAUGUUUCAGUGCCCAGAUAGCCACAUGAGAGGACAGUACAGCUGUUUCCAUCAUUAAAGAAAGUUCUGUUGGACGGUGCUGGUCUACACUGACUCUGAUUUGUUUCUCAGGGAGAUCACAGAAACUUGAAUAAACCAGAUACUUUUUCUCCUUU